UUUGAAUGAUCAAUUGUGAUAUUUGAUAACAAUCACCUUGCAGUUGAGGGAUGCGACCUUGACCCAAUCACGUACCAUGCUGUGUCCAUUGCUAGUCCGGAUCCCACAGGUUUGCGAAAAAUAAGUUAUUGCUCUUAAAGGGGUAGUCAAGAAGGUGGUGGUGGCAAUGGAGGUGGUAGGGGGAGAGGGAGGGGGGUCCAAGAUGGUGCUGAGAGGGAGGAGGGGAAGAGAUAAGUGAUCUAAAGGGGAGACGAUAGGACAAAAAGUGAUGAUGAAUACAUUGCAAAGUUUUUUGGCCCUGAUGAGGGUGUCAGAUUGAAUGGCCUGUGCGCAUGUGCGAAGGUGUCCAAACUGACAAUGCUUGUGAGAUGAAGAUAGUGUUGUUGCUGCUUCUGGGCUCACGGAGGACGAGAGGAAUCUACAAGCCGACAAGAUGAGAUCCAAGGCGAGGGCGAGAAAACUGGCCAAAAAUGACAGUGAGCCAGUGGACAGCAUGUACGAGACAGAGCCCCACCUCCUGGCGGGAGGGGCCGAGAGUGGCGAGGAGGAGACCGAGGACAGCAUCAUGUCCCCCAUCCCUGUAGGACCCCCAUCACCACACCCCAACAACCACCAUCACCACAGCCACCAUGGGCACCACCAUCACCACAACGAAGACCCCUUCACGCCCAAGGAAGGCUCGCCCUAUGAGGUGCCCGUCUACAUUCCCGACGAUAUUCCCAUCCCCAGUGACCUGGAGCUGCGCGAGUCCUCAGUCCCCGGAGCGGGCCUGGGGAUAUGGGCCAAAACUCGGAUCGGGAUAGGAGAGUGCUUCGGACCUCACAGCGCACUGCAGAGCGCCACAGUCAAAGACGGCUCCUUCGGAUGGGAGCAGAUGCUGAAUGACCACGAGGCGGCGUCCUCUCCGGAGAGCUGCAUCAAAAAGGUGGUGGAUGAGAUGGGAAACGUCAAGUUCUGCCUGGACGAAGGCUCGGAGGCCGGCGGGAGCUGGCUCAAGUACGUACGCACCGCCCCCUCCUUCGAGGAGCAGAACCUGGCGGCAUGUCACCUCAGUGGAGACCAGAUUUAUUAUAAAGCUAUUAGGGAUAUUGAAGUAGGGGAGGAGCUACUGGUGUAUAUGAAGGACGGACUUUUCCCGGAGGGAUCGAUGGCACCGAACCUAGAAGACGAACAGAUGUACCGCUGCGAGGAUUGUGAUGAGCUGUUCACCUCGGCCCUGGAGCUGCGGCGGCACCAGAAGUACUCGUGCGCCAGCGCCGGCUCCCUGUUCGAUACGCUCAGCAACGAGGACUUCAAGCAGGAGCGCGACGACAGCGACCACGAGCCCAUCCACGAGUGCAAGGAUUGCGAGAAGAUCUUCCCCAACGAGUACAGUCUGGGCCAGCACAUGAUCGUGCACACAGAGGAGCGGGAGUACAAGUGUGACCAGUGUCCCAAAGCCUUCAACUGGAAGUCCAACCUCAUCCGCCACCAGAUGUCCCACGACAGCGGAAAGCGCUUCGAGUGUGAAAACUGCGAUAAGGUACAGCACACCCGGCACGUGUUUACGGACCCCAGCAACCUGCAGCGCCACAUCCGCUCACAGCACGUAGGGGCGCGCGCUCACACCUGCCCAGAGUGUGGCAAGACCUUCGCCACCUCCUCGGGCCUCAAGCAGCACAAGCACAUUCACAGCAGUGUCAAGCCCUUCAUCUGCGAGGUGUGCCACAAGUCCUACACGCAGUUCUCCAACCUGUGCCGCCACAAGCGCAUGCAUGCCGACUGCCGCACCCAGAUCAAGUGCAAGGACUGUGGCCAGAUGUUCAGCACUACCUCCUCCCUCAACAAGCACCGGCGCUUCUGUGAGGGCAAGAACCAUUACGGCCCUGUUGGGGGCCUUUUCGCUCCCGGCAUUCCCAUGAGCAGCAGCCCCAUUCUGGCCAAGUCCAAGUCCCACCACCACCCCCACCACCACCCAGGCCUCAACCACUCGGGCCUGGCCUUCCCCGACUACUUCCCCUCCCGGCCACACCCUCACCCUCAUGCCGGCCUUCCCUUCUCCCCUGGGCCGCAUGGCUUUCCCUCGCUCUCCCACGGCUUCCCGGGCCUCUUCCCCCCCUCGCUCUACCCCCGGCCGCCCUUACUGCCCCCCAGCCCACUGCUGAAGAGCCCCCUGGGCAACAACAGUAACAACGGUGGGAUUCAGGAGGGCAAGCUGCCCCGCAGCCCCCUGGACGGGCCUCCACUGUCUCUGGUCAGCUCCAUUAACAACAGCAAUGGAGGCAGUAGUCUCCUCAGCAGCCAGGAGAGGGAGGACAAGGAUAGGCUGGCGUACGGCGAGGCCAAGGCCAAGGCCAAGAUGUCGGAGGUGUCGGACGGCAGUGACCUGGAGGACGUCAACACCACCAGCGGCACCGACCUGGACACCACCACCGGCACCGCCUCGGGUUCAGACUUAGACAGCGACGCAGAGAGCGAGCGGGAACAACGGGAGCGGAGCAGCGGCGCCAAGAGGAGGAAGGCGGCAGGCGCUGGAGGGGCGAGGGGGACGGAGAGGGCGGGUCUGGAAGGGCGGCCGGACGAUGUGAGUAGCGGCUCGGUGUCGGCGGUGUCCAGCUCGGGCAACCUGGCCUGCGAGCGGCCCUCCUUCCUCUCGGCCGCAUCCCAGCACUCUUUCUUCCCGCCUCCGGAGGAGCAGGCGCUGCCCCCCACAGGUGGCGCUGCUGCCACCGACUCCAUCAAGGCCAUCGCCUCCAUCGCAGAGAAGUACUUUGGCCCUGGCCUUAUGGGCCUGCAGGAGAAGAAGAUGGGCUCGUUGCCCUACCAUUCCAUGUUCCCCUUCCAGUUCUUACCCAACUUCCCUCACUCCCUCUACCCCUUCGCCGAGCGGACCGGCACCCUCAACCCUGGCAUGUUCUUCAAGGCUGAGCCCAAGUCGCCUCGUGAGCAGCAUCCGACACCCCACAAAAUGGCCGCCCAGGGCACCGGAGAGUCAUCGCCCUUCGACCUCACCACCAAGCCCAAGGAGGCCAAGCCGGCCCCACCGGCCCCCGCCAAGCCGACCCCACCCAGCGGUAGCAGCAACGCCCCCCUCAUUCUCCCCGGGGGUGAGGAGCAGCCACUGGACCUGAGCAUCGGCAGCCGCCGACGGGACGGACACAACGGGAUGGUGGCCCCCGAGCAGCCGCCCAGCCGCAAGAACCACCGCAAGGAGGAGCACCCCGGCAGCCACCCGCACUCCCACGCCCAGCACCCCCAGGGCCACUCCCUCCUCCAGCCCCCGCUGCCCCAGCACCAGCAGCCCCUGGCUCAGCCGCCCCAGCAGCAGCCCUCCCUGCACUACGCCAAGCCCUCACCCUUCUUCAUGGACCCAAUAUACAGCAGGGUGGAAAAGAGGAAGCUACUGGACCCUGUGGGAGCUCUGAAGGAGAAGUACCUGAGGCCCAGCCCGCUGCUCUUUCAUCCACAGCUACAGUAUCUUUACCGUGGUACACCUUCUUUACCUCAGAUGUCGGCCAUGGAGAACAUGACGGAGAAGCUGGAGAGCUUCGGCGCUCUCAAACUGGACGCCCCGCCCAACUCACUGCAGCACUCGGCUCACCCGCUCUUCAACUUCCGCUCGCCGCCGCCCUCCCUCUCUGACGCCAUCCUCCGCAAAGGAAAGGAGCGCUACACCUGCAGGUACUGUGGGAAGAUCUUCCCCAGGUCAGCUAAUCUUACCAGGCACUUACGGACACACACAGGAGAGCAGCCCUACAGGUGUAAAUACUGUGACCGCUCGUUCAGCAUCUCCUCCAACCUCCAGCGGCAUGUGCGUAACAUCCACAACAAGGAGAAGCCCUUCAAGUGUCACCUGUGCAACCGCUGCUUCGGCCAGCAGACCAACCUGGACCGCCACCUCAAGAAGCACGAACACGAGAACAUCCCCGUGAGUCAACACUCUGGGAUCCUCUCCAACCUAGGAAACAACAUUUCUUCUCCCAACUCCGAGCCAGACAAUCAUGCACUUUUAGAUGAGAAGGAGGACUCGUACUUCUCAGAAAUCCGCAACUUCAUUUCCAACAGCGAGCUGAACCAGGCAUCCAGCUCAACAGACAAGAGGUCAGAGCUUGCGGAAGAGGAGCGUCCAUCCAGCCACAGUCUGUCCAACUCCAAGAUGGAAGCCCGGGGGCUGGAGGAAGAGGAGGAGGAGGCGGAGGGAGACGACGAAGAGGAGGAGGAAGGCAGCCUGACAGAGAAGUCUCAGGACGAGGCGCCUGAGUCCCCCUCCCCGGUCACCAUGGUUACGCAGGAGGCGUACGAGGACGAAGAAGAGGAGGAGGCGGAGGAAGAUGAGGAGGCCACACCGCUGGCUAUGAGCUACGAACACACCCGCAGGUGUAUAGAGGAGGACGGUGGGCUGUUAGACCUGGAGUCCCUGCCCAGCUUCCCCAAGGGCCUGGAGCUGCAUAAGGCCAGCAGCAGCGAGGAGCCCCCCUUUGAUGUUAAAGACAUUUUUAACACCGCCUCGCUCGAGUCUGAGGCCCUGAAAGAGACUCUGUACAGGCAGGCUAAAACCCAGGCUUAUGCAAUGAUGCUGUCUCUGUCGGAGAACAACCCUUUGCACGCGUCCUCCCAGAACUCACUGGAUGCCUGGCUGAGCAUGGGAGGAGGCCCGUCCGAGACGAGCAGCUUUCACCCACUCAACCACAUCUAGGAGAGAGAGAGGAGGGAGGCAGUAUAGUAUCACAAUAAAAAUAAGAAAAGUGACAGAGAGAGAGAGAGAGAGAGAGAGAGAGAGAGAGAGAGAGAGAAAGCGGCAGAAAGUCGGAGGCUACUACGGAGGAGAACUCAACUUCACACACCCCCGGCCUGAGAAGAGAGAGGACUCCUGGCUCCUGCCCUUCUCUGUGUGUGUUUGGGUGUGUGUGUUUUUGUGUGCGUGCGCGCUUAUGUGCAUUGAUUCGUGCAUGCCCACGUUAGUGCGUGUGUGUACGAGGGGCCCCUCAGACAAACAGACACUCGCAGGCAGAGAUGGAGUUAGCACUGCUUCGCCCCCUGUAGAGGAGUGAAGGACAUCCCAGGACGGACCACCCCAAACCCCAGUCAUUCUACAAGACCCGCCCACUCCGCCCCAGCGAACCCCUUUGGUUGGACUCUCAGAGACAGUCAUGUUUGAGUAUGUCAACACAUCACUAGGAGAGCAAAACAUCCAUCUAUUCUACACAGUCUAACACAAUGUCUCAAUAGCAAAAGAUACAGAAACAGUCCGUCUGGAACAUAUGCACUGCAUGUCCAUAGCGGGGCACUGUUUCACUCGGUGGGAGGAGCAACAGUAGCAACACAUAGUGGGGAUGUACUAGCUCUUUAGCCGAUGGACCACGCCCCCCCUCCUCAUCAUAUCCAAUGCCUUCACUCUCUUCAUUCUUGUUUCAAAUCAAUAAUAGCACAAUGAUAAAUGUUAGAGCAGGAAACGGCACUCUGGCUUUUGUUUAUAAAGAAAGUACAGUAGGAUGAUGCAUCAAGCUCGAAUGGCAAUGAUGUCAUGGAGAAUGACCCACCCCAAACAUAUAAUGCGCAUUGCAGAGGACAAAGUCUCGACAUCAAAAGUUAUCCGGUGAACAAGAGGUUAAAUCGAUGUCCAUUGGUUAGAAUAGGGAAAGCCUAUUUUUCCGUUUUUUGCUCAUUUGUUAACUUGAUUCCAUUUUGUGUUUUGCUCUUUGAUAAACAGUAUUGUCUCAUUUUAGGCACCUCCGUGCUCAAAUGUUAAUAUAAUUAUUUAGUGAAGGACCAAAAUUGUAUGGUAUUGUUGUAUGAUGUACAAAAUAACCUGGAUGUUCAUAGCAAGAGUGGUAUGUGCCAAAUAACCCAUAGAAAAUGUUUUGUUCUCUGACAAUCAUUUCUUUUUCGAGGGGUUUUAAUUGCUGUCAUAGUUGUUGUUUUUACCUUAUAUAUUUGAUUUAAAGAGUGUGUGUAUUCUAUUUAUUUAGGUUAAAAAAAAAUGUCACGAUUGGAGACAAGUGACAAAUGAAAAUGAAAAAAAAGUAAUUUGUUUUAUCCCUCUUUUAAGUGUUGCUGAAGGAAUGAAGUUGAAUCGAAACACGACCGAGAUUUUGAAUCUGGGUUUCAAUGUGUUUUUCUGUAAAGACCAGUGUGCCAAAUUGGAAAGAAAGCAUGAAAAUCAGCUGUUUUUAUUUAUAGUGACAUGGUAGUUCUAGAUGGUUUAGAUCAUGUUUUGCAAUGUUGUGUCUAGCGUGAGGUUUGGUUUGUCUCGCUUCAGUUGAACCAUUUCAACUAGUAUGCUGAGUGUUUUGUGUUCAAGGCGGUUGAAGUCUUACGGUGGCCAUUUUAUAAAAUGGCAGCUUUCACUAUGAAUGUCAGGUGAUUUGGAUGCCAGGGCAUUGAAUUGAUAGCUUAUCAUUGAUCCUAAGUAUAAGCAAAUACAUUUUACUCUAUAACAAAUCCGAUCAACAUAUUAACUCAAUCAGUUUAUUAGUGCUCAGAUUCUGCUUUGAGGGUUUCAUUUUGUAGGAAUUAUUAUUUUUAAAUGUGACCAUGUGGUUUUAGAAAGAAAAUGUCUCAGAAUGCCCAGUCGUAGAUAAAAUCAACAUUGUUUUUCAGAUAGUGUCCAACUACAGUGUACCAUUCUAUCAUCUUUCCACUUGUUAGCAGAAGUAGCAUUACUCUCGGGGUCAAAUGGUUCUGUAACUAGUGUUAACACGAGGGUUUCGACAGCCGAGAGGUUUUUAAUCGUGAGAAGAGUUUCUUCCUUGGAGGCAUAGAACCACAGGUCAUAGCUUGAUGGUUCACCCGUUACUCCAGCUGUGUCUGACAUGGGUUUGAUUGUCUGUAAAGGGUUUUAACACCUUGCAGAACACAUUUACUGUACUGUGAGACCAGCAAAAUAAUUACAAAAUCAAACCAACAAACUAGGAAAGAAAUCAAACCAGAAAAUGCUUCUGGUUUGGAGAGAAAUAUGACAUGCGUAGGAUUUUAAGUUUCAAAGACUUCUAUUCACUUUGUAUUCAUAUUUGCAAACACACUCUUUUUGAUAAUUCCCUUGUCAAUUUCCUUCUUCCCAUUUAUCUUCUCAUUUAGGGGAUUUCAUUCCACACAGUAGACAAAGGUAGAGAUGGCACUUAAUAAUAUGCUGUUUUUUUUAUUUCAUGUCACUCUAAGUUAAAGGGUUGUACGCCGUAAAUUGCAAAGGUUGCUUUCACGCUGGACAUGUGAAUUAAGACUUUCAGGACUGGGCGGGAUAGGUUCAGACCAGCACUUAAAUGCAUGGGUCCAAAACAAUAAACUGGGCAGGCAUGGGUCUCUGUCACUAAAGAGUUACUAAGAGUAAACCUGAUUGGCCUCACUUGGAGUGGAUGAUCAACCCUCACUUAAAAUGAUGAUGACCUUGGAAAAUAAUCAGUAACUGAAGCACUGUAAUUUUAUUUUUUGUCAGCAGGUGGCAGGGUGAUACUAGUUUUGCUGCAUCAUUUCAUGUCUGAUGAUAAUGAUGACAGAGGUCUCUGUCUUGCUAUACUAAAUGUGGAUCCACGGUUAACACAUUGUUUUGCAAUACAUUACUAUUAAAUGCAGAGACUGGGGUUACUAAAUAUUUAGGUAUACUAUAUAUGGAGUAAUUCAUGUCAUGUACUACUGUAAUAAGUGCGCGCUGUCGGUUGUAGAAUUAUGGACGCACAUUGAAGUCAAAGAUCACAUUGCCAGCUUUUGAAAGGAUCUGGCAAAUGGUCACAAACUGAUAACUUCAGAAUACGGUUGCUGUUCUUUCCCCACUGUUACAGGAAAACGUUUUUAAAAAAGUACAAAAAAAAUGUUUCUUUUUAACUGUAUAGUAUUUUAAAAAACAAUGUUGCAUAUGUCUGAAAAAUUCAAUGAAAAAAUAUGGGUUUAAAUGGAUGGUGCUCGUUUCAUUUGAAUCCGAGUUGUAUCACCUCUGUUAUGUUUAUUAAAAAGCUAUUGUGCAUGACGUGUUUGGCAGUCAUAAUGAUGUCCAUUUGUGAAAUGUGUAUCUUAAAUUAAAAAAUGAAAUAAAAAAUAAUGAAUCCGUAGAUGCACUUAUUGUACAUGUGGUUAGGUUAGUAGGUUUGACUUCAAGUCCUUACAAAUGUAUUGGGCAGGUGGUUCUUAAAUGAAUACAAAAAAGCUUGUGGGAGAAAGAUGUAAUGAAAAAAAUGAAAGGAUUGUAGAAUAAUAUUGAACAAUUCUGAAAUUGAAGUUUUUUUGAUGCUUGUGAUUAUUGAAGAUGUACUUCAGAGAAAUUUCAUGGAAUUGAUAUGAUUCUGAUGUUAAUUCUGUAGAAUAGAAAUGUAUACCAAAUGUAAUCUUUCCAAUGCUAUGAAGAAUUUAUACAUGAAAUUGAUAUGCAAUAAAAACCUGUGUGCUUUUUA